CGUGCCUCUGACGCAGGGACUUCCCGAAAGUCAACAGCAACCGCGAGAAGAAAAAAAGCGCAACAUGGCUCCCAGAGUUGAACUCACGAACGCCGCAGCGAUCCCCAUGCUGGUGCUCCUGUCUCUGGUCCGGCCGGCGGAGGCUUACGAUGCGGGCGACACUCUGGCCCUGCUCCUGUGCACCGUCCUGGCCGUGGUGGGUGUCUGCGCCUUCCUCGGCUGCUACGCACGGAGACGGAACGCGCAGCUGUGAGAGGGGGGGGGGGACUGGCUCGUCACCUGCCGAACGCAUUAUUAUUAUGACCCAUCUAUCUGAUCUAAUGCGCACCUUCUGCCCCUCGGGUUCGUGUUUGACUGAUUGACAAACGUGCCUUAUUGGAAUUAAUGCGUUCAACGACAACGGGGAACUAUACGUGGACUCUGUUGCGGGAUGUGGAAGGAGACAACCAGGAAGAGAACAGGAUCUGUUGUUGCACUGCUGAGGCUUGAAGACCAAACACUGUUGCAUUAUAUAUGAAAAGACUGCUGCUGUUACUGUGUGUUGUCACCACGACGCUUGCUUUGUAUAACACUGUAUAACACUGUGAUUUACUGAUGUGUUUAUGCCUGCAAUGUGCAACACGUUGCCGUUGUUUAAAGCACAAUAUCACAAGUUGCAUAUACAGAGUGGAGCUUUCGUACUUUCCGUUGUUACAACAUGCGACAGUAUAUCUCUGAGAAUAAUAAAUAAAUGAUGCUC